AUGUGGAGAAAUAUUAUAAGGUUUUCUCGUGGUUCUAAUAGCAUAAUUAAGCGUACAUACCUGUCAGAUGGAUAUAAAUUAGAUCAAGAAUGGAGUCAACGACUAACGACAUCAAUUCUCCAGAAGAUUAAUAGUGAUAAUCUUUAUGUUGAUUUAAGUACAAAAUUUCAGCAAAAAAAGAAAAUUACGGCAAUCGAUGUAGAUAUUUACAUGAAUAAGGCAGAUGAGAGGAAUGUCGAGGAAGCUGCAGACUUAUUGCAGAAAUUAAGAAUGACAUCUCAAGCACAUAAAAUGCUUGAUUCAUCCCAACAUGCAUUUAUUCGAUUGUCACAAAAUCAUACAGAGACAUUAUUCUCUGUCCUUAAUAGCCGACUUGAUUAUGGAGUGUUUUUAGAUAACUAUACAGCUAAUCUAUUAAUGGACAGUUUUAUUAAACAAAAUAAUUUCAUGUUGGCAGCAAGAAUCGGAACACUUCAAAUGCUUCAAGAGGAUAUGACACAUCCAAUAACUCGGUACUUAUCACUGUAUUCAUGCUACAAAUUCUCAGACAAUUUAGAGACAUUUACUGACUUAAUUCCACCACCACCAGUGGAAGUUGAGAAGGUUGUUCAACCAGUAUCUAAGAAGAAAAAGGAAGAAAUUAGAAAACGAGUUGGAUAUUUAAGGAAUCCAUACAGUGAUGAUCAUUUUGAUCUAACAAAUACGAAUCAUUUAGUAGGAAAGACGUUCCUUUACAUUGCUGAUGAGAUCCAGAAAGAUGAUCAAGACCUAUCAAAUAGCUUCUUAUUAUUGGGAUAUGCAUUGCAUGAAAAGUACGAGGAUGGAAAUAAAUUCCUUGAAAAAUCCAAGUCACAGUCGUUCUAUAAAGAAGUUUUAGAUAAAGUCAGUACUUUUGGAAGCAAGCUUGAGAAUCUUGAUGAAAAUGGACAAAAGUUCUUUGAUAAUGUAAAGAACCAUUCAAAUCUAAAGGAAGCUAAAGUAGAUGAAGUCAUUGAGAGCUUCAUCAAGAAAGCUGUUAGUGAAAAUGAGUCAAAAGAUAUCGAGGAACAGAAAAAGACCUUUCAAAAGUGGAUAGAAUUGCGUGAUCAAACAUUGAAUAACGAAAUGAAUAGACUCAAGAGAAUUAAUCGACUAGAAGAUAUCGAGAAAUUGCAGGAAGAGAUGGACAAACAGGAGCAAAAGCUUUGGUUCUUUGAGAACAUUGAGGAUAUCAAGCUUGAUAUUGAGGAUAAGAAAGUUUUCCAUCCACAACGUUGGUUUGGUAAAAAGAAGAAACCAAAGAAGCUUGAUGAAAAUUACGUGCCUCCAGAUGUUGAGUCCAUUACUCGUGCUAGACGUGCAAAAUAA